AUGGACUCGAGGGGCGUCACGUCAUUUGAAGUCGUCCUCCACGACGGUGUUGGACGAAAGAAAAAGAGAGGAAAUCGUUCCGUGUGCGGUGGCACCAGUGCAUCGGCUGCGCAGGAGGCCACAACCACGCAAUCAGCGCUUGUCAUGGACGCCGUGCGCCUAGCUACUAUGUUCCUCGCCCCCAAUGGCACCUUCAUCACCAAGUUCUUCAGGUGUCAAGAUUACAAGGCUGUAAUGUUCUGCCUGAAACAGCUAUUUGAGCGUGUUCAUCUGAGUAGACCUGUAGCAAGUCGGUCCACACCUGCUGAAAUUUAUGUUAUCUGUCUGAGAUAUAAAGUCCCUGCAAAUAUUCAACCAGAACUUCUUGAUUUGAAGCACCUGCACUUGUUGAGUGUGGAUGCAGAGAAAAGCAAGCGGCAGGAAAGCACAGAAUUCUGGAAAACUGGUCUAGCAUCAGAUUUUAUAUGGUCUGAGGCCCAGACACCACUAGAGUUUCUUGGUUCCUUUUUGACAAUUUCAUUUGACGAUCCAGCAUCUCUGCCUAUCAAGAAUCAUGAGCUUACUACAGAUGAGAUAAAACAACUCUGUGAAUAUUUGUUUGUGCUACGUGAAAAUGGCUACAAUCAUCUGUUGGAAUGGCGCAUGUGUGUAAGGAAAGCACUGUCGUCAUGUUCACAGGUGACACCAAGGACUGAUGGGACUGCGACGGACAACAAGGGGUAA